AUUUUUAAUAGACUAUUAAAAAAACAAUUUCAUUUCAUUUGCUCUCUUCUCCGAGAAAAUGGCGUUUGGUUUGAUCGGAAGAGUUGUUGGAACCAAAUCAUCACGAUUAUCCACGGCGGCGCGAUUGAUUCCGGCGCGAUGGACAUCAACAGGAUCAGAAGCACAAUCGAAAGCUUCAACCGGCGGCGGAGGAGCGAGUCUGAAGACGUUUCAGAUCUAUCGAUGGAAUCCAGAUAAUCCUGGAAAGCCAGAGCUUCAAGAUUACAAAAUCGAUCUCAAGGAUUGUGGUCCAAUGGUUCUAGAUGCUUUGAUUAAGAUUAAGAACGAGAUGGAUCCAUCGCUCACUUUCCGUCGCUCUUGCCGUGAAGGUAUUUGUGGUUCGUGUGCUAUGAACAUUGAUGGAUGUAAUGGUCUUGCUUGUUUAACGAAGAUUGAAUCUGGAUCUAAAGAGACGACGAUUACGCCGUUGCCGCAUAUGUUUGUGAUUAAGGAUUUGGUUGUGGAUAUGACGAAUUUUUAUAAUCAGUAUAAGAGUAUUGAGCCGUGGUUGAAGAGGAAGAAUCCAGCAUCUGUUCCUGGGAAAGAGAUUUUACAGAGUAAGAAAGAUAGAGCUAAGCUUGAUGGAAUGUAUGAAUGUAUUCUCUGUGCUUGUUGUAGCACGUCUUGCCCUAGCUAUUGGUGGAACCCUGAGUCUUAUCUUGGUCCAGCUGCUUUGCUUCAUGCCAACAGGUAAACUUAAUCUUGUUUUCUCAUAAUGGAUUCACUAAUCAAAGUAGUUUUUUGAAGAUAUUGUAGGGCUUGUUGGUAGUUUACAUUAGUACGUUAUAUGGGGUCACUUAGAUUGCUUAAGUUUCUGUAGUUGUAGUUUAGAGCUGAAGGAAGGUUCUGUUUUGAGAUUUGCUUGAGAAUUUUGUUGGUUUGAGCAGUAAGAGUUGGUAGACGGAUUAUGUAUGGCUUGGGUUGUUUUACUUGUUUUACAUUCAUUAUGCAUUGUCAAUAGGGUUGUUUUUACUCCUUUAGUGUUAGUGUGGUACUGUGGGUUUAGCUCUUUGUUCACUGAGGAAAGGUGCUAAGGGAUCUUUGUGCUUCUUCACCUGUCUGUAGAAAACCCCAAGUUCAAUGGUCUGAUUGUAUCCAUGUCAUUAUGUAUGGUCAUUUAGGUUGUCUUGCUCCUUUAGUUGUAGUGUAGUUUAGCCUACUUUGUUCAACUGAAAUGGAGGAGGUAUCUCUGAAGAAAGGUGCGAAGUACUCUUUGUGCUUCUUCAUCUGUCUCUGUAGAAAAUCUCAGAUUCAACGGUCUGAUUGUAACUUUGUCAUUAUGUAUGGGCGUUUAGGUUCUCUUACUCCUUUACUGUAGUGUAGUUUAGCUUUAUACUGAAAUGGAGGAAAGGCCUCUAGAGUAAGCUGCUAAGGACUUUUUGUGCUUCUUCAGAUCUCUAAAUAGAAAACCGCAAGUUCAACUAUCUGAUUAUAUCUGUGUCAUCAUGUAAAGAUAUAUACUAUAUAGGUUGUUUCUGUUCCUUUAGCUGUUGUGUAGUUUAGCCGAUUUUGUGCAAUUGAAAUGGAGGAGAGACCUCUAAAGGAAGGUGGAUAAGUGAUAGCCGAGAUGAGUACACUAAGGAAAGACUUGAAGCCAUUGACGAUGAGUUCAAACUGUAUCGAUGCCACACAAUUCUGAACUGUGCUCGUGCCUGUCCAAAGGGAUUGAACCCAGGGAAACAGAUCACACACAUCAAGCAGCUUCAGAAAUCUGGUUGAACAACAAAUGAAUCAGGCAGUACCUAAUGGAUUUUUGAUUCUAAUAAUCUGCAAGAAACUCCAAUUUUGGAUUCAUUCUUGUAUUGCUGUCACAACUAUCAGAAUUAGAUUAUUUUGUGGUAUAUCUUGAUGAAUUUUUUUUGCCUACAACAAGCAAUAAAACUCUGCUUUUUUUAUCAUCCACUCAUUCAGCUUUGCCUUAAUACAAACAUUUGGAUUUCGAGUUUUGCU